GCUGAAUAGAUAGAGAAUACGAUAAAGUAGUUUUGAUGGCUGGUGUUGCUAUGUUUGCAAGGAUUUCCUCAAAUAUUCUAUAAUACUUCCAUUCCCACAGCUUUUUCGUAACAUAAUAAUGUAUACUCUAGGUGGAGAGUACCCAGAGAGUCCUGCAGAGUCAGAAGAAAGCGUGACAGACGAAUCACCGGACAAUGAUGGUAGCCAUUCUUCUCAAGCCGCGAGUCCUUUUGGAGCACGCGCUGUCGGGAGAGAUUUCCCUUCUCGCCGAGAAAGCACCGCUGAAAAACAAAGAAAAUGGGCUGUCAGAACUUUUACGCUGUGGUGUAAUUCAGAAGGAGUUACCAAACCUGUGGAGGAAAUGCAACCUAGUGAACUGAACCAGUUACUAAAGAAAUUUUACAAAGAAGCUCGCCGUAAAGAUGGAUGUGAUUUCUCCAAACCUGGCCUCACAAACAUCAGGAAUGCUUUGGAUAGAUAUUUCAGGAGCCAGUUAAAUAUUACAAUUUUGAAGACAUCUGAGUUUGCAGAGGCAAAUAAAGCUUUUGAUGAGAAGGUUGCAGUAAUUGAAGGUAAUGCGGCAAGCCCUUGGAGACAUUCAGUCUCAAUCUCCCCACAGGAUAUGCAGAAGCUUCUUCUGAGUGGAGCUAUUGGUGGCACUACUCCUUUACUUCUUCUAAGAGCAUGUUGGUUUAAUAUUUUGCUUCAUUUUGAUAUUGGUGAUCACUUAAAGCAAAGACGUCUUUCUAAGCAACAGUUUGUAAUCCACAUCGACGCUGCUGGGCGGGAAAAUGUCAAAAUGAUCAGUACUAGUAAUCCUUAUGUUCAGUCCAAAUUUGGUGUUGCUGGUACUACCAUGCAUUCUGUACCUGGACACCCAUUGUGUCCUGUUGCACUACUAAAGAAAUACUUGUUAAAGCUUCACCCAGGAUCAGAUGCAUUGUUCCAGUGUCCAGUCCAGUACAAGGUUGAUGACUCUGUCCCAGUGUGGUAUGAGAAACAAGCCGUGGGUGUCCAUGCCUUGGAGGGAAUGAUGGCAUGUUUGUCUAAAGAAGCCAAGCUAUCACGUAUCUAUUCCAAUGGGUGCUUACGAAAAUCAUCAUCGCUUGUUUACCUUCAGUGUGGGUUUGGGUUUAAUCCCAGAGAACUUACUCCAGACACCCCUACAGCUUCUAUGGUAACAAACAAUUUAGUUCCUUCCACUUCUGGUAUGCCGUCUUUAUCUCAGAGCAGCUUAGAACAUGUGCCACAUUUAUCGUCCCCCUCAACUCCACCAGUCCAAAAUUUAGUACAUUCAUCAAGUGAUCAAAGCAGACCUAACUAUUACUCUACCAUGUCACAGCCAAGUCUUUCUCAAAGCAAUAAGUUUGAAAAUAUGGGUAGUCCAGUUCCAGAAAGUUCUUCCUAUCCACAAAUAAACAGUACCAUAAGUCUUGCAAAGGGGGAUACUUGCCAUACUUCAAAACGACCUGGCCAGCCAGCGUUGCCCCACCUUGAAAGUGGAUUUACUGGUCAGUCACGGACAGCUAUAGGUGUUUGUAUGCCAACAAUUAAAAUGGAGCAGGGUGACACUGAUGUAUGUGAGGGUGUGCAGCCUACCUUCCCAAGUGAAUCACUUGAUUUUCCAUCUGUCACUGAAACCAUUACUGUCAAGCAGGAGGGAAGAACGUCUAUAACAGCUCAUGUGUUUGACAGGCAAUCACCAUCAGUAGUUCAAGACAUGUGCAAUAAAACAUACCUACACAUGGAAGUGUUGGGAGGAAAGUCAUUCAUGGAACUUGAUCACAGUCUACACAGUACUGGUAAAGAAGAGCAAAGUAAAUCUCCCACACUUGUACUACACCUGCACUUCAGAGGUCAAAGGUUCAAGUCCAAUCCAACCCCAUGCAAGUCAGAACCAAGUCUUAAAGGGGAUUUCUUUUUAGAGCUCCACAACAGUCCCUCUGCAGAUGGUGAUGUUUUAUUAUCAAUAACAGACCCCAUCAACCUCAUUCUAUCAAAGACUGAAACAACUGGAAGCAACUCUCUGAUUGGUUCCCACUCAUUUGAGUGGCAGAAGGUGUUAAAAGAACCCAAUGGGGUGCUGAGUGUGAAUGUUGAUAUCAAUGGAAUGGGAGAAGAAAACAAGAUCAUGAUUGGCUCACUUGAAUUAAGGUUUCAGGUUCUACCCCACAGAAGACAGAUUGUCCAGCCUCAGGCUCUAGAGAACCACCUAUCUUCCAUUCAUCGCCAUAUCUCUGAAAGAGAAAGACGCUUCAUGAAUUACGCAAGACAAUGGUGGAAAUCCUACAUAAGCAGCCACCAGUCGCAUAGCCGCCAGCAGGUCAAGAUAUUUGCCCAGAAUGAAUGUGGGACAAGUAAGCCUGUGAUAUCAUACAUCACACCAAUCCAUGUGGGAUGGUUGCUGGACAACCCUCGACAUGCAGCACAGUUUGUGAGUUUAUUAAAGCAUGAAGAAGAAUGUUCUAUGUUUGGUAUUAAAGUAGACACUUGGAGUAGCCUUCAUGCAUUGUUAUGCAGAGGAAAGGGGAGUUGCGAGGAUCAUGCCACCUUGCUAUGUAGUAUCUUUCUGGGGUUUGGUUUGGAUGCAUUUGUGUGCCUUGGUACAAGAGAUACAGGACAACCACAUGCUUGGGUCAUGACCAGACAAACUGAUGGACUGGUGUCAUUCUGGGAAACCCUUACUGGACAAUGUUUUAGUCUGUCAGAGGGUUUAUCCACGGUCUGCUCUCAGUUCAGAACUUUAGCCUGUGUAUUCAGUAACACUUGCUUCUAUGCUAACAUACAGGCAAAUGGGUUGAUAAGUCAGUGUGACUUUGACCUGAACAACCCAGCCAAGUGGAAAGCAAUGGAUGCAGAUGCUAUUUAUGCCAUCUGUGGGUCUGAGAUCCAGCCGCCCUUGCCAGUACCUCCAAGCCUGACUCCAUCAACAAUAGAUGUACAGAAGACUAGCCAAGCAUUGGAAGAGGAGCUGAGGUCUCUUAUAGAAAACUACAGACAGGGUAAGGGCCUAGAAACAAAAUGGGACAAUAACUUGUCUAAUAUUUUAUCACCAAUAUUGACUGCUCAAGAGUCUGAGGCCAAAACAGGACAAGACUUAAAAAGAGAAGAGUUGUAUGACCCAGUAUAUCGAUACCUAAACAGGAGCUUCACACUUCAGUCUGUCACAACACGGAUAACUCACUUGAAUGCUUCUCAAGCAUUUAGUGAUAUGCAAUUAUCAGCAGAAUAUAAAUCACUGAUUGAUUACCAAGGAAAUCUGAUGGAGUUUGCGCUAAGAGUACAUGUGUUCCCUUACCCAGAAUCAGCCUGUGCUGUCUGGGUGAUACUGGGAGCCAAGGCCCCAGCUAAUAAUGGAGAAGUGGCACAUGAAUGGAAGCUUGUUCAACUGCAACGACCUGUGCUCUAGAAUGAUUAUCAUACAGUCACAAUAUUUGUACACCUAUUUCAAAAAACAUUGUUGGUCGGAGAUCUGAAAUUAGAGACCGAAAGGAAUUGUGGGUUGUAAGCUGUAAAUUGUUUGUGGUUUUAAUUAGUAGUUCGCAAAAAGUUAAUAUCUUGAUAUACUAACUUUGAGCAAUGACCUGUGCUGGCAAACUAUCUGGGUAAGUGUAUAUUGAAUUUUCAAUGAGAAAACACUCAGUCCCCCACAAUUUCAAUUGGUCUCAGAUUUCUGAUUUCAGAUAUCCAACCAAAAACGUUUUUUGAAAGAGGUGUAUGCCAGCACUGAGAGACUAUACAAUGUGAUGUAUAAUAUAAUGUAUUUUUUAAAUUAUAUAUAACACUUACAUACUCUUAAUGUGUAACCACAGGGAACAGACAUGUUUUUAUUGUAGCAAAAUAUAAAUUUAUGUAAAUAUAAAUUUAAUGUAGACUUAUGAAUUUAUUAUUUAAUUUCUUAGUAGAGGGGUACAUGCACUUAAACAAUGAAACAGAUAGUAGUCUAAGGACACUAUCAAGGAUAGUUUCAUUUAAGAUGUAAAUAUUCAUUCACCUUUUGUCAAGCCUAAUAGUUUCAUAGCUUACAGGGUGUUGUAUCAUGGGUGGAAGGAAAGAGCUUUCUCCUUUCUCCUUUCUCCUUUCCAUUGCCAUGGUCCCCCUCCCAAAAAAGGGGUCAAGCCACAACAUUCGUUCCUUACAAGAUUGUGAGGCUGAUCUUUCUAAGAUUGACUACCACCAUGUAGAUGGCUAUGUCCCCCUCCACUCCUCUAUACAAGGAAUGUUCUCUACAGCAUUUGCAUCAAGCAAUGUAACAUCCCUGUUAAUAGGAACAAAACAGCUUGUCCUGAAGAAGAUAUAUGAUUCCUCUGGGUAGAGUUGUAGUAAGCACCUGCAAAAAAAAUAUGGCAUGGCUUGGGUGACUGAUAUGACAAAAGCUUAAAGUGGUUUUACUUGGCCUUUGAAAAAAUAGUAUGGUACAUAGUAGUAAACAUUUAUUUAAUUCCA